AUGGUUACAGUUGAAACUAGGAUUCCAGCACUGAUCAACAAGGCUGGUAGAAAGAAUCAUCAGGAAGGUGGAAAGGAUCCUCAUCAUGAUGACAUUGAUCAGUUGAUUGAGAAGCUUCCAAGGGAGAAAAUCAUGAAUUGGUCAUUGAUCUUACAUGAAGAUGGAUUUUGGUGCCCCGAAAGACUACUUAGACCUCUGAUUUCGUUCCAAAGAAAUUAUGAUUCAAAAGACAACGAUAUUCUCUUAGCAACCAUGCCGAAAUCGGGCACGACAUGGCUGAAAGCACUGGCCUUCAGCAUUGUCAACCGCGACAUUUACUCAGUUUCUCAAAGCCCUCUUCAUACUUCAAAUCCUCACGAGCUCGUGCCUUUCGAAUUCCAACUUGCCGGGCAGAGGAACCGCGAUGAAGGUCGCGACUAUCACGUUUUCGCGACUCACAUGCCGUAUGCUUCACUCCCUGAUUCCAUUUUCAGCUCCAAAUGUAAGAUUGUCUAUCUUUGUAGGAACCCUUUGGAUCAAUUCGUAUCCGAUUGGCAUUUCCAUGAACAAAUGUGUUGGGAUGUGAAGCCGGAAUUUGCCAUAGAAGACGCUCUUGAUUUGUUUCUCCAGGGAAAACAGAAUUACGGGCCCUUCUGGGAACAAAUACAGGGGUACUGGAAUGCAAGCUUGAAGUUCCCUGGAAAGGUGUUGUUUAUCAAAUAUGAGGAUCUUAAGAAGGAUUGCCGUUCAGUAGUGAAAAGAAUUGCUCAGUUCUUACAAAUGCCUUUCGCAGAGGAAGAAGAGAAAAAUGGGUUAGUUGAACAAAUUGUCAAGCUCUGUAGCUUUGAGAGUCUGAGUAACAUGGAAGUUAACAAGCCGGGAAAAUGGAAUGCGAACUUUCGAGUUAGUAACAACGUUUUUUUCAGAAAAGGAGAAGUCGGGGAUUGGAUCAAUUACUUGAACCCGACAUCAGCAAGUCGUGUUGCAAGCCUAAUGAAAGAAAAAUUUGGUGAUUCCGGCCUGACAUUCGAGGGUUAA